AUGGCGUCCAACACCACAGACAUCGCUACAGACAUACCCUUGAAGUCAUUACUGGAUCAGUUGAACGCCGAGUUCAACGAAUGUUUACAACAAUUAAUACCGAAAGUUUCGAAUGUUUCUGAACAUAACGACGAGGAGAGGCAAGCUAAAGCAAAUAGCAUUCAGACGUACAGAUUCUUACAGGCAGCGAAACGAUUAGAAAUCUCGUUAGCAAAAAUUGUUCGUAAGGAAAGGCAAAAUGAGGAAUCAGUUUUAAAGGAGGAAAUUGCUGAUCUGCAACAUAAUAUAACACAACAAAAAGAUGUUAUCGUGAAAUACACCAAUUUAAUUAAGGACUGGACAAAAGAAUUUUGUAAAUUAGAAGAAGAAAAUAUGACUCCUUUGUGA